AUGAUAGAGGCACUGGUAACAACUGAAACUGAGAAACUGCUGCACCAGCAGGAGUCCAGAUGUCCACCAAAGGUCUGUGGCUUGAGACUAAUUGAAUCUGCUCAUGAUAAUGGUCUUUGGAUGACAGCAAGACUGAGGAACUUCGAAGUGAAAGAACUUCUUAGCCUAACUCAGUUCUUUGGUUUUGACAUAGAGACUUUUUCUCUAGCUAUGAAUUUACUGGACAGAUUUCCAUCCAAAAUGAAGGUACAGCCCAAAUAUCUUGGAUGUGUGGGAUUAAGUUGCUUCUAUCUGGCUGUGAAAUCAACAGAAGAGAGAAAUGUCCCAUUAGCCACUGAUCUGAUACAAAUAAGCCAAUAUGAAUUCACAGUCUCUGACCUGAUGAGAAUGGAAAAGAUUGUGUUAGAGAAGGUGUGUUGGAAAGUCAAAACUACUACUGCCUUUCAGUUUCUACAGCUCUAUUAUUCACUCAUUCAUGAAAACUUACCAUUUGAAAGGAGAAAGAACCUAAGUUUUGAAAGACUGGAAUCUCAGCUUAAGGCAUGCCACUGUAGGAUUAUGUUUUCUAAAGCAAAGUCUUCUGUAUUGGCAUUGUCUAUAAUUGCACUGGAGAUUCAAGCACAGAAAUUUAUAGAAUUGACAGAAGGAGUAGAAUGACUUCAGAAACAUUCCAAGAU